UGAGAUGUUGACUGAAAAAAGUGACGCAUUUGUAUACAAGUACAGCAUAGAGAUAGAAGUAUUUAUUUGUAUGUUGGCCAGUUCCGAUUUUAUACUCAUUUCCAUACUCAUGUUUACAUAUCUAAAUCUUCUUUCUAUAUUUUGGCCUCCUCCCAACCACAAUUCAUAAACGAAAACUUUGAUACCUAAUAAUUAAUUAACCUGCACCUAUCUCAUAAUAUACUGCAAUUCCGCAAUGGUUUUUAUCGCGCUGAUACGAGUUAUAAUGUAGCUACUACAUACGUUAAACCAUCAACUAAUAAAAACCUCUUGAUAACCAACCGAAUGUUAUCAUUUUUUUAUUUUACUUCGCGCUACCUUGACGUGUUAUCAGAGUUUUUCUGUUAAAUGGUUCGCUAUUCGUAAUGAUUUUUGUCGAGAGUUUAGUUUUGAAUGAAAUCGUGAUGAAUGUGGACUGAAUUUUUUUUCGCGAGGUUUAUCCAGUUGAUAAAUGGAGAAAAAAGAUAUUAAUGGCAAGGAUGUGGAGGUUUCCUUGGAGCUUCUGUCAAACUACCGGAAAGACACGAAAGUGUACAGAGAUACUACAUCGCAGAUUACCGAUGACAACCCUUCAUUUUGGCUUUCAAAACGAUUACUGGUCGCGACGGUGUUAUUUAUAUCUUUCGUAAAUUUCCAAUUAUUACGAAAUAACAUUAACAUCACCAUUGUUGAAAUGAUAUCCAACAAAACCAUCGGUACAGUCAACAACACAGAUAUUGUAAAACCACCAGAUUUCGAUUGGGACUCGUCAACGACUGGACUCAUUACAAGCAUUCUCGCUUACGGAGGCUUAUUUUCAAUUUUUGCUGAUCUAGCAAUCAAUAGAAUUGGAGGAUCGGUCACUUGUGCAUGGAGCAUGUUAUUGGCUGGUGUUCUGACCAUGCUGCAUCCGGCUAUUUUAAAUCUGCAUUUUUACCUAUUUUUGGCGUGUCGUUUUUUCACUGGUAUAUUCGAAAUGCUGUUUUACGUCGGCACUUCGGAUAUAUUUUCAAGAUGGUUUCCAAUGAAGGAGAUGUCAGCCUUGAUAUCGUUCAGUUUCAACGGGACAAAUAUCGGUUUAGCAGCGGUUUAUCCAUUUUGCGCAUAUUUGGCUCAUAAAUGGGGAUGGCAGAUGGUAUUUUACGUUACAGGCUUCAUGGGAGUAAUUUUUGCAAUACUCAGUCUCGUUCUAGUGAAAAAUCAGCCAUCUGAUGAUAAAUGGAUUUCAAAAAAAGAACUCGCUUACAUACUCGAAGAAACUAACCAUACAACUAAGAUGAACGUGAGCCAUCCAUAUUGGAAAAUUCUGACUUCAGUUCCUGUUUGGGCUUUGUGCUGUACUGUGUUUGUUUAUAUGUGGGUUACAUCAGUUAUUAGUGCCUGUUUACCUUUAUUCAUUAGAGAUUUGACUCACAAAGAAACAGAUGAAAUUGGUUACAUUUCAUCGAUUCCUAAUAUCGUUUACAUUUUCUUGUUUCCAAUCGACGGUGCGAUAAUGGAUUAUUGGAAAAAUAAUAGCGGUAUUACAGUAACCAGGAUGCAUAAAAUAAUCAUAAGCAUAGCAUUUCUAUUUGCGAGUGUUAUGUUUGUAACUGUCGCAGUUGCAUUCACUUCCAGCCUGAUCGCAAGUAUGUCUAUUUUCGUUCUGAUCCAAGUUCCAAUGUCAUUCGUGCCAAUUAUCCUACAAGUCCUAGUAGUAAAUCUAUCUGCGGAUCAUUCAGCUGUUGUUGGCGGCCUGCUAUCGUUUUUCUUCUCGCUGAGCGCCAUUGCAUGCCAAACUAUGACCGGAUUUAUGAUCCCAGAACAUAGUUUACAAGAAUGGAAUAAUUGUUUUUACUUGGCAGCUGCGAUUUCAGCUUUUGGAGCUGUGAUAUUCAUGUUGUUCGGUUCGAGCGAACUUCAACCAUGGGCGCUGACGUCUCCGUCUAAAAAAGAACGUCAUUUAUCCGAGACUGAUUAAAAACUUAAUUUUAUUAUUUAAUGUACCAAAGUCAUGUUUUUUUCCCUUUUUUUUUAUGUAGAUGUAACAUUGUAUUGGAGUAUUUUCAGACAAAAAAUGAAUUUCAAUACAAAACUCAAUUCGAACUGAAUAAAAAUUAUUUCAAAUUCCACUGAAAAAUCUCACAUCUUGUAGAUCUCGAUGGAUACUUAAUUUCAAUUUUUUUUCUCGCUAUCUAUAAAAUAAACAUUUCCUGUAUAAAUCCAAGUGCAACGAACCCUACAAAAGUCAAGGAAAAAAACAAUGUUGUGUAGAAUCAAAUACCUAUUUGGUAUAAAAAUAUUUAUUAUUCUGAUUAAUUAUCGUAAUAAUUGCGCGAACAUCAGAUAAACAUGUGAUUGAAAUUUGUUAUCGAGUCAAGUUCAAAUGUUACAAAGUAUAUGAGGUAGGUAUUAGUUACAUCACAUCGUAAAUACCUACAUACUUACAUGAGAGUAAAUUUUACUCGUGUUUCAUAAAAUUAAAAAAUUCGUCGAAUCGAAGUUAAAAUAAACUUAAUUUGCAAACUGGUUCCUAAUAAAUUAGGUAGGUAGGUUCGUAUGAUUUCAUCUAAAUUGGAGUCAAAAUCGUUUUUACUUUAGUUUUUGAAUUUUAUCAAAUUUAUAAUAACUUAUUUUAGGUACUGUAGUUAUUCUUCCAUCCAAGAUACAAAUUUUUUGACCGAAAAUUCGAAUGAGUGGGGAUGAAGGAGUAAAACCUUUGAAAACUGUUAUCGAUUAGAAAAAUUCUCAUGAUUUUCGAGAUUUUAUUUUAUUUAAUCGUGGGAAGAAAACGCGUAUUUGAAUUCGAAAAAGUAUUAGAUAUAAAUAAGUAUGUUUUAAUUUUUAAACCUGAUGAAAAAAUAGAUGUUCGGUUUAUUUUAAUUUCCAAAGGUGAUACUUGAUUUCCGCAGACGUUCUGAAGGGUUUGGAUACGUAUACCUACCUAUUCAUUGUCUUCAAAGAGGAUGGAAAAUUUUAAAUAUUUUUGAGAACUGUUAUUAAACAAAUGUAAUCCUCAUUCAGACACAUUUUCUCUCCAAUUUGUUGAAUACAUAAGUACUUAUAACAAACGAAAUUCAAAUUUUUUCAUUUUUAAUGACUCAUAUACCUACCUACUUUGAUUAAGAAAUAUAGGUACCUACGUAUUUUUGUGUCUUUUGGAGAGUAUAUUUUGUAAAAUGAUGUAAGUAAGUAGGUUCCUAUUCCUUAAUAUGCUUCAAAAUGAUCCUCAAUCACAAAUCAUGAUAUCAGUUGCUCAAAUCACUUUUCAUAGCUAGGUAUCUGAAAUAGAAACAGUCGCCUUAAAGGAGAUUGAGAAUCUCUUGUUGGAGACUUUAGAAUAAUUUUAAGUUAUCAAAUGCAAUUUUAGAUGUUUGAAAUAGGCCAUUUUUUUUUUUUUAAAUUUCAGAGAAGACAUAGGGUACCUAUUUAAAAUUACGAAUAAAAAAUUUGGCAGAUGCCGAUUGCUAUACAACUAUGUUUGGAAAUUCGAGUUUCAUAGAAUUUGGAAUCAAAUAAUUCGAAAUGUACCUACCCUUUUUGAGGAGCUUUUCAGUACCUAUCUAGAAGACUUAAAAAUAGGAAGAGAGGUAGAUACUAAAAAGGUCAAAAUAUAUUGCGAAUUCCUAUAAAAUUUUGCAUUGUACCGUGUCUGGUGGUGAUAAGAGUAUGUUCAUUGAUAAAAGUAUAGCACCUGAAUUGUGAUUAGAUGGACGCUGAAUACAUAUUCGUUAAAAACCAGUCCAUACCUAAAACUAAAUCAAGAAUAUCUUUCUAACAUUAAAUAAGAGAGGGGGCUAUAAAACCUGAUUCGAUAAACGCAUUCGAAGUACCGUUGGCGGUGUAAAUAUUCAACUUGAAACAGCAGUCUUUCGACAUCGUCGUAAUGAUGUGAAAAUCAUGCAUUAGCUCGUUUUUAACCGAUUCUCGUUAUCAAUGUUUGGUGAAAUGAAAGUUAACAGUGUAAAUCAAACAAGAUAUUCAUUUAAAUUUUCAAAAAGCUCCUGUCAGAUUACAACUUAAAUACCUACAAACCAUAG